CUGGAGGAGCCGGAGCCUGGAGCCGGCUGGGGCCUCCUCUGCGCCCCGGCCCCCUCCCCCGGCAGCCCCCGAGCCGAUGCCCUUGGCGGGUGGAAGAUGCAUCAUGGAAUGAGCCCGAGCAGCCGCGGGGACCCGCUCCCGGAGUCACCGCCGCCGCCGCCGCGGCUGCCCGUGCUGGUGCUGUGCCUGCAGCUGGCGCUCUGCUUCGGCCCCGCGCAGAUCACGGGCGGGUUCGAGGACCUCCAUGCUUGUGCUGAUCCAGGAAUCCCUGAACAUGGAUACAAGACACCCAGUUCUGGCAUUUUCUUUGAAAGUUCUGGAGUCCGAUUUCACUGCCAAGAAGGAUAUAGACUUGAUGGUCCUUCAAAAAAACUGUGUGAGAGACAUUUUAAUGGCUCCCUGAGCUGGAGACCAAGUGAUAUACCUGUGUGCCUACGAGGUGUCACAGAUUGCCUUGUUCCACAUGUUGAAGAUGCAGAGAUUCAUAACAAGACAUACAGGACUGGAGAUCAGUUAAUAAUCAGCUGUCAUGAAGGAUUCCAGAUCCGUUACCCUGACUUAGACAACACGGUUUCAGUAUGUCAAGACGAUGGAACAUGGGAUAAUCUGCCCAUUUGCCAAGGUUGCCUGAGACCAUUGGUUCUUCCUCAUAGUUACAUUAAUAUAUCUGAGUUCGAGUCCUCCUUUCCAGUAGGAACUGUGGUAUAUUAUCAAUGCUUUCCUGGAUAUAAACUAGAAGGGGCAGAGUUCCUUGAGUGCACGUAUAACCUUAUCUGGUCAGGUAGCCCACCUAGGUGCCUUGACGUGGAAGUUUGUCCACUACCUCCGAUGGUGACUCAUGGAGACUAUAUAUGCCAUCCGCGGCCUUGUGAACGUUACAACCAUGGAACUGUGGUUGAGUUCUAUUGUGAUCCUGGUUACAGUCUCACCAAUGAUUACAAAUACAUCACCUGCCAGUCUGGAGAAUGGUUUCCCUCAUAUCAAGUAUACUGUGUCAAAACAGAGCAAACAUGGCCAAAUACACAGGAAACCCUCUUGACUACAUGGAAAAUAGUUGCAUUUACUGCUACCAGUGUUUUAUUAGUGCUUCUGUUGGUUAUUCUAGCCAGGAUGUUCCAGACCAAAUUUAAGGCACAUUUCCUUCCAAGAGGUGCACAGGAGAGUUCCACCAGUGACCCUGACUUCGUGGUAGUGAACGGUGUUCCUGUCAUGUUACCUUCCUACGACGAAGCUGUGAGCAGUGGUUUGGACAGCUUGGCCCCAGGAUACUACUCAUCUUCUUCCGGGCAGGGGCAUGUUUUGCAGACGGAAGAUCAGAACCCUCCUGCUUAUCCAGGCACAGCAGAUGCACAUACAUUGCCUAGUGAAUUUGAAACCUGUGACAGCAUAUCAGGCUCCUCUGAACUUCUCCAAAGUUUAUAUUCAUCUUCUGUGUGCCAAAUGGGAGUGCACCCUGUUUCAGAUAGAACUGAUGUGAUCAAUAGUGCCACCGGGGAGGCUGCAUCCUCAAGUCCAAGUAUCGAUAUUGCAGAUGAAAUUCCAUUGAUGGAAGAGGACCCUUAACCUGCACAGGAUUUGCUCCUGAUGUGAUCACACUUUGGGGGAAAUGAAUCCCACACGUGUAUGCAAACACACACACACACGUGUGUGUGUGUAUGUAUGUAUACAUAUAAAGACUGUUUAAUGAUUUGGGGGAGGGUAUUUUUCCUUCAUAUGAAUCUUCCACAUGAUGAUGCCACCUGAUUGUGUGCACAUCUUAAUCUACAGUGAGGUUAACAGUGUCAGCAAUUCACAAGCAGCUUUAUAAAAUGAAUCCUGGGGAUUUGAUGAGACCAGACACAGAAAGAGCUAUGGAGUUUGGAAUUGAAAUGGAUGAACCUCUGCAUCUCAGCAAGUCAUAUGUCUCUGUAGAAACACCAUUGGAUUUUAAUACUAACUGCCUCAUGAAAGCAUGUCACAUUACAUAUAUUUGCUUAGAAAGGCUACUUUAACUCUCUGCAGACCCAGUUUAUGAAGCUUUAUAAGUUUUGUUUUGUUUUGUUUUUUUAAUAGUGUGGAAAUCCAAACAAAAAAAGGGGAAAGAUCCCCUUUGAUUUUCCUAUAUUAACCAGGUUUAUAAGAGGAAGCUUUGGAUUUAAUUCUUGGUUCUUGGUGACUUUAUUCCUGAUCAUGACUGCAGAAAACAUAACAGCAAAGAUAGGACUCAGUGACUUUGACAGUGUGAUAAUGAAGAAUAUCUCUCUCUCUAUAUAUAAACUGUUGAAAGAAGAAAAAUAAAACAAAAGAAAGAGACAGGCUCCAGUUCAGAUAACGAUCUGAUAUUUUUUUUUAAAAAAAAGUAAAUUAGAAUUUAUAUCAUAUAUAACAUUCAAGGUAAAGUAUGACUAUUUGUAUUUAUGCAACACUUCUGUGGUUAUAUUGCAUUUGAUAAAUCCUGUUAUACAAAGAAUAAUAUAGGACAUUUUAAAAUAAAAAAAUAAUGGUCUGGGAAAUGUUGAAAUACUGCCCUCUUUUCAACAUUUCUGACAUCAUCCCUUACAAGUCUAAAUAGUGGAGUAGUCUACAGUCAUAGCCCAAAGCACUGCAGUAUCCUUACUUUGUAUGGUAGCGUUCUGGGCUAUUACUGUAGAAUACCAGACUACUUUUUAAUAAAAUAAAGGAUACUUCAGCACAGUAUUUCAGUGCUUUUCUCAGCCACCAUCCUGCCUCCAACUGACCUUUGAAGAGCUUGUUCCUAACCAAAUGCUCUGCUACCUUUUUAGCUUCCAUGUGGUAGAAGUUGAAAGGAAGCAACAAGGCACUCUCAGCUUAAAUGCACAUAUAUGGAUACAAAUAGACAAGAGGUAUAGCUUAAAAAUUCAUUGUGCACGCAACAAUGCUGAAACAGGAUGGCUUCCUUUAAGAGCGUGGCACACAGGCCUGUCAUGCUGCUUGUGGCUCUUCACUUCUCUGUUUGGAGCUGGAGCACUGCCUAAUCCUCUCAGACAAAUCCUGUGUUAAUGUUACACUCUUACAGUAGGAUGGGAUAGACGUUACUUGUCAGGAAUGUUCCUCACUGUUUCACCUGGCUUUGAAUACUGAGCAAAUUUUCCAUCUCAUUUCUUUGGUAUUGUGCGAAUGAACUAUACAAAUGUGUUAAAUUUACAGUUUGUUAAGCAAUAACUAACCAUUAUCUCAGAUGAUACAGAUUGUCCUUUUCUGUGGGCUAAUUCAAACAAAAUAAGAAAUGUGGGGACAGCUUUUGAUUCCAGCUACUGGAGUAAAAGGCAUGUUUCUUUUGAUAUCAACAAUGUCACCUUGGAUUGCUGGUUUUUAUAAUAUUUAUUUGCAUUGUGAUAGUGUCCUGAGGCCCCCAUUCAUAGAUCUGGGCUCUGUUGCAUUAGGUACAGUACACACCAAUAAGAAAGAGAUUGGCUCUGCCCUGAAGAGUUCAUGAUCUAAGAUUAUGCCAUGACAUACAAGUGGAUUCAAGGAACAGCCAGAUGUAACACAAUUUAAUAAUGCAAGAAUUUUUGUUCUAAUCUCAGUUACUCCAUGUGCUUCAUUAUUUUCUAUAAUUAGCAUAACUGAGAUCAGAAUAUAGAGCAUGAUAUUGAAAGGUAAGACACAUGCAGUACUAUCUUGCAUUGUUGCUUAAAAGUGACCUGUAAAUUGUUUUGAUAAAGUUCCUUCAGUUGCUUCAUACCUGUGAGAUUUCCCCCAUAGUCAAUCCCGUAUAGAUAUUCAGUAUAUAAUUAGCUUAAAUAUUUCUUCCCCCACCUCACACUAGGUCUCGUUAUAUUGAGUUGUGUUUGUGUUGCCAGUUCCUGGUCCAGUUUGUCAACUGAGCGUUCAUUAUUUGAUGUGAUACCAACCAUGGAAGACCUGUGGUGCAUAGGAUCAGUUAAGUGAUUUGCAUUUUAAAAUAUUAUUGCACAAAUUCACAAAAUAUUAAACAUAUUCCAAUUACCCUGUAAAAUAUAGUAACAUUUGUACUCACUGCUGUCCACAGUCUUGUGGGUUAACAGGCUGUGAAAUCUGAGUCCUUGUGAAAUUUCACAUCUCCUCUAUGUUUAUUUCUGCUUGGCUAAUGUGUGUCUAGCCACUCUGACGUUUACCUUGCUGUGCACGUUGCAUUGCAGUCAAUCUACCUAGAUGGCCAAAAUGGGCAUCUCAAAAUGGGUAGUUUAUGAAAUGUGUAUGGAGAGUCGCGAUUUAUUUGGCCAUUCUUUUUUCUGUAGAAUUGCAGAAUUAAGAAGAAUGCAUCAAAACAUGCAUAAGUGAAAGUUGCCUAUUUGUCUAUAGGCAACCAUGUAGGAGUAUUAUGCUGUAUUAAAUGUGAUCUGCAGAGGAAA